GGGAAAUUUGGGCCAGCUCAUUCAUCCUGUCUCCUUUUCGGUUUUACUGUCUUCCCUUCGAAGAGGCGCAUGGUGUUCUACAGAAAGGUCCAAGCCGGGCAUGUGAUGAAUGUUGAAUCGCUACGAUGCGUUCACAACGAAAUGCGUCUCUGGAUGCAGAAUCGCAUCGAACAGAAAGGGAUGCCUUGAUGAAAGAGUAUCCUUCAACGUACGAAGAACGCCUUUGGCAUCGCAUGAACGGACAUUCCUGCCGCUCAUUCACUUAAAAGACGUUGCCUUGACUGAUCUCUCCGUCAUGUCCUGCUAACCACUGUCCUGCUCAACUCGAUCGAAACCAAUGUUCUGGAUGAUGUGGAGUGUCGCAGUUCUUCUCAGCUCGUUCCUCACCGUCGUAGUGGGUCAGUUCACUGUAGCAACACCUCCCUCGCUAGUCCAAUGUCAGCCCGUGAGGAUCUCUUGGUCUGAGGAAAUGCUCCCUACUUUCUGGCCAUUAUCCCGGGAGGUCAAACGGACGCUGCAGCACUCGUGGCUCCGGGAUCUAACCUUCCUGAUUCACCAUUCACUUGGAUCGUCAAUGUUGCGUCUGGCACCAGUGUGACAAUCAAAGUCACCGAUGGCGCAGGUGUGAUCCAGUACUCGUCAUCUCGUACUGU